CCAAAACAAGAUCUCGUUACCAGUCCUCUAUCGCGCAUCAACCAUGACGUAAUCAUUAACAGACCUCGACCCAUUUCUUUUUGGUAUAUUGCUCGGUCCAACUCUAGCCGUACAAGACCUGACUCACCGCCAGAAUAAGUCCCAAUGCCGUAGUCUAUUGAUUUGUUAAUGGGAACAUCUUCWGUUGUCAAGAUUUGAUGUGAAAGUGAGAGUGAGAUUCGUGAUAUAACAUCAGAAAAAAGAAGAAAAAUUGGACGAAAAAGGAAGCGUAGAAGAUGAAGUUUUGCUAUCUAACCUAAGCUGAACAGGUUUACAAGAAAAUCCUCCGAUCAUUUGUCCAUCUAGUUAAGUCCAUUGAUGGGGAAGAAGGCAUAUCAAAAACUUCGCAAUGAAGAAGAAAAAGAAGAAAAACCUGUCAACCCAAAGCUUCAUGCCAACAUCUUCUCCAAGAUAACAAUCUCAUGGAUGAACAAAAUAUUUCUAGUUGGAAGCAAAAGACCUCUUGAAGAAGACGAUCUUUUCCCUUUACUUGARGAAGACAAAUCGGACAUUUUGACCGAUAAACUUGAARARGAAUGGGAAAAAGAAUUAAAGAAAAAAGACAAAGGCAAGAGACCGAGGUUUUGGAAGGCUUUGAUGCGGGUGUCACCUUGGUACGAAUAUUUCUGUAUWACCAUGUUGGUAUUGAGUGAUAUGGCCAAYCGAAUGACAUUGCCAGUUUUACUAGGAUUUCUUAUAUCGUACUUAAUGGGUGCCAGAGAUUUGGGCCCCGCUUUUAAGUAUAUCUUACCCACAGCAAUUUGUAUAACAUCUUUGGGAAGGAAUCUUUGUCAACAUCAUUACCAGAAUAGAUCGGCUUUACUGGGAAUGAGAUUUCGAGCUGCAGCUACGGGRAUGUUAUACCGCAAGGUUUUGCGGAUGAGUCAAAGCAAGCUUGCCAAGAUCAGUUCUGGUCACGUGAUAAACCUGGUAUCCAACGACAUUCAGCGUCUGGACUUAGCAACGCAAAACCUCUUCGCGUCACUAAGGUCACCUUUUGACCUUGUGGUGCUCGCGAUCUUACUAUGGACUUUGAUUGGCUGGCAAGCUGUAACAGGGCUSACUUUCGCCCUYAUUCUUAUUCCCUACGAGGCCGAGAUGACAGGCUGGGUGGCUAAGCUUCGCAUGGAAGCCGCGCGCGUGACCGAUCGCAGGCUCGAGGUCAUGAAUGAAAUCAUAUCUGGGAUUAGGGCCGUUAAGAUGUAUGCCUGGGAAUGGCCCUAUCGAGACGCUGUUAGAGCAAUACGACAUGCUGAAGUUGUCAUCUUGCGCAAAAUCUACGGUAUCCUCGCCAGCUUCGCUUCUCUACAGCACACCUAUGAUAGCGUAAUCUGCAUGAUCGCUUUUAUUACCCUGGUCUUCACUGGGACGCGUCUCACUCCAUUUAAUAUCUUUACCAUGGUCGGACUGCUUAGCGAGAAUAGACGAUCCCUCGUCUAUGGUCUAACMGAUGGUAUGCAGCUUAUAGCAGAUUGCUUUGCUUCGCUAGAUAGAAUUGAACACUUUUUACUCAUCGAGGAACUAUCAAACUGUUCGAGCCGAAAGUCGAGCAGAAGUAAAAAUGACGAUUCAAUAAAUGGCGGGCAUUAUCUAAAAGCCAACGACAUCACAUGUCAUUGGAAUGGUCUCAAUGAAGCACCUGUGUUAUCAAACAUUACUCUCGAUCUGAAAGAAAGCAAACUCGCCUUGAUAACCGGUCCUGUGGGRUGUGGCAAGUCCACUCUUCUACUCACACUCCUUGARGAGCUSAUUCCWACAAGCGGGGACAUUGAGCGCCGAGGAGAGAUCGUCUAYGUGCCACAGACAGCUUGGGUUUUUAGCGGAUCAGUACGAGAGAACAUUCUCUUUAGCAAGCCCUACGACGAAAAGCGAUAUAAAGAAACUCUCGARGUUUGCGACCUCGCGAAGGACAUMGCAAGACUUCCUAAUGGCGAUGAAACAAUGCUGGGCGAGAGAGGCGCGAGUUUGAGUGGAGGGCARAAAGCUCGCGUGAACCUCGCGCGCGCUGUGUACGCCGAUGCAGACAUCUACCUUCUGGAUGAUCCACUAAGCGCUGUCGACGCCAAAGUSGGSAAGCAUAUAUUUGAAAAGUGCAUCUCCGARAUGCUUGGAGAUAAAAUUCGUGUUUUAGUGACGCAUCAAUUGCARUAUCUAAAGAACGCAGACUACGUUAUGAUCCUGGACUCGAAAGGKACAGUGGAACAUGAAGGCGCAUAUUCACAACUUCAGGAAUCCGGGCUGGACAUCGAUUCAAUCGAAGAAGAACUGCGAAAGGGCAACGAGAAGUACUAUGCGCUACACGGAGAGGAUUCGGUUUCGAAAAAGGAAAGCAGCAAGCCACAGAAACCUGAAGGAAAUGAAGAGCAGAGUGCUUCUACAGGCAAAGGUCUAGCUACUACGAGCGAGGAUCGUAAUGUAGGRACCAUAUCAGCCGGGCUGUACUGGAGAUACUUCCGAUCUGGUUUGAGUGCUAUUCUUCUUAUUCUUUUGGUCUUACUAUUCUUAGUAGCACAAGCUUCAAUUAUUUCGCCAAAUCUUUGGCUUGUCCACCUUUCACGAAUGAAAUGGGUAGAACAGAAACAUAAGAUUAAUCUCAUCAUAUAUGGUGGCUUCGUUGGGGGUGCUCUCUCAUUGGCUAUUAUCAGAGGUCUUCUCUAUUAUAUUACAACGCUGAGGUGUUCUGAAGCAUUGCACGACAAGAUGGUCUUAUCUAUUCUUAAGUCUCCAGUUCUCUUCUACGACACAAACCCAUCCGGUCGUAUCCUUAAUCGCUUUUCUAAAGACAUCGGUAUUGUAGACGAGUUCCUUCCUCCCACUUCACUCUUGGCCUUGCAAUAUAUUCUACAAACUCUUGCUUCUGUCUGUGUGACAUGYUCGACGAACUAUUACGCAAUAGUAGGCGUUAUACCUAUGGUGGUAGGAUUCAUACUGAUCAACAGAUACUAUUUAAAGACGUCACGUGAAAUUAAACGUAUGGAGGCUAUCAGUCAAAGCCCAGUUCUUGCACAUAUAGCAGACACUUUGGAAGGAAUAUCCCUUAUUAGAACCUACCAUAUGGAGCAGAAAUUUAUUGAAAAAUUCAACGAGGUUCAAGAUAGACGAAGUCAAAUCUGGUUCCUAGUCCCUCACAGUGCUCGUUGGAUGGGUAUAAGACUGGAUAUUGUAUGCACAGCAUUCGUUGCCAUUGCAACCUUCACUGGWGUUUCCUUCGAGACUGACGCAGGAACCCUCGGUCUAUCCCUUGUCUACGCAAUCAGUACAGUUGGCCAGCUACAGUUUGCAAUGAGACAGACUGCUGAUGUUGAAAACAUGAUGACAUCAGUAGAGCGCGUGAUGACKUACACAGAGCUCGAAGAGGAGGCUGGSUACCAUAUAAAGAAGACCGCACCUGAUAGUUGGCCACCUCAUGGUGAUAUCAAAUUUGAAAACGUCUGCUUGCAUUACUACGAAGGCGGACCCCAAGUACUUAAGAACCUCAACUUGUCAAUCAAAGGAGGUGAACGUGUAGGCGUUGCCGGCAGGACAGGGGCAGGGAAGUCCUCCUUAGUUUCAGCCCUCUUCAGAAUGCCUGAUCCCACAGGUCAAAUUAUCAUCGACGGGGAAGAAAUCAUGGACCUGAACGUCCAAAACUCGCGACGGGUCAUCUCCGUAAUUACCCAGAACCCCACGCUUUUCAGUGGACCAUUACGUAACAACUUGGACCCAUUCUCUAACUAUGGUGACGCGGAAAUCUGGAACGUUCUAGAACAAGUUGAGAUGAAAGAUAAAGUAAGAGAGUUGCCAGGAGAGYUGUACUUCCACCUCAGUGAAUCGGGAACCAACUUUGGUGUYGGUGAGCGCCAAUUGCUUUGUCUUGCAAGAGCRCUGUUGAACCGUAACAAGAUUAUUGUUAUGGAUGAAGCSACUGCUAAUGUCGAUUUUAACACAGACAAAAGCAUUCAAGAGACAAUWCGUAAUAAGUUCAAUGACUGUACAGUUAUAACGAUCGCCCAUCGCCUGAAU